GUCGCUCUGAGGCUGCUGCUUGUCCCCGGCCUUUCGCGUCUUCCUCCCGCUUAAAACCCUUUCCUGACCCCUCCUCCCGCCCCGGGUUUUUUAAAGUCCUCACCCGCGAGGUGGAUUCUUGCCGUGGGCACCUCCCAGCCUUGCCCUCGUCGGACCCUGGAGCUCAGCGCCGCAGUCCCGGUCCGGGGGAGGCCGCGUCCUCUGCCUGGUCCUGGGAUCCUGCAGACCCCACCCCUCUCCCUAAGGCGCCGUCGCCCCCCCACCUUCCUCCUCCUCGUGCCGGGCCCUGCUGCUCCCCAGGCCUCGCCUUCGCAGUCACCGCUUCCCCGGAGCCCGCGUUGGGGAGGUGCCCGGGGCCUGUCCUGUGACACCCGGUGUUCUUGCCUGCCCAGCUCCAGCCCCAGGAAAAUGCGCUCCUCCAAGAUGCAGGCGUCUUACUCCAAACCCUCCUGUGAAUGUGUGGGCCAAGGGGAUUAGGAGACAGAGAGAGGGACAGAGACAGAGAGAAGUAGAAAAACUGAGAGGAAAGAAUGAGGGGAACCCGUAAACAAAUGGCAAAGUAGAGGAUGGAUGAGGGAUUUGCAGAGGUAGUAAGAGUGAAACAAGGAGCUGAGAAGACAGGAGAAAAGCAACUGGAGAAAUGUAGAGAAAAGCUCGAUGUCCAGAGAGAUGAAGGACAGCAAGGUAGGGAGAGGGGCAGAAAGUGGGACGCUCCUCAGGCAAGAGAGUCCGGGAGAGAAGGAGGAAACUGGAGCCAGGGCAGACAGAGCAGCGUGGUGCUGGGACAGCAAGAGGGGCCCGCCACUGACUAGGAGAGCAGAGGGAGAACCACAGUAGGGGGAGGCCUGGGAUCUGGGGGUGCCAGAGAGUAGGGCAGAGGUGUAGCAGGGAAGAGGAGAGUUAACAGAGAGAGCAGAGACGGGAGAAGAAAGAGGCAGAAAUAUAUGGACCUGGGGACAAUGAAAAGAUUGGGGAGAAAUAGGAAUGAGAGUUGAAACAAGGCCCCAGAAUGGGACAGAAGAGGUACGAGAGGAGGAAGAAGGGGAGAAACAGCAGGAGACGAGAGGGGCUUAAAACGACAUGCAAAGAACCAGGGGAAAAACAAAGAAAAUAAAAGAUAAGCUAAUGUGAGCGAGACCUAUGAAGAGAAUGAGGGAGGGAAACACAAUAUGGAAGCAAGAGAGAGACCCUGGGGCCAGGAAGAACCCUCGAAGAGGAGGAAGAGGAAGGAAAGAGAAGUCAGGCAUGGCUCUCACCCAGGGACAGGUGACAUUCAAGGAUGUGGCUAUAGAAUUCUCUCAGGAGGAGUGGACAUGCCUGGACCCCGCUCAGAGGACUUUGUACAGGGACGUGAUGUUGGAGAAUUAUAGGAACCUGGCCUCCCUGGCAGGAAUCUCUUGUUUUGACCUCAGUAUUAUCUCUAUGUUGGAGCAAGGGAAGGAGCCUUUCACUGUGGAGAGCCAAGUACAAAUAGCAAGAAACCCAGAUGGAUGGGAAUGGAUCAAAGCCGUGAUUACAGCUCUCUCUUCUGAAUUUGUAAUGAAAGAUUUACCACACAAAGGGAAGAAUAAUAAAGGAGAAGUAUUCCAAACAGUGAUGUUGGAAAGACAGGAAAGCCAUGACAUUGAAGGCUGUUCCUUCAGGGAAGUCCAAAAAAAUACGCAUGACCUUGAGUAUCAAUGCAGAGAUGCUGAAGGAAAUUACAAAGGAGUGCUUAUGACCCAAGAAGGCAAUCUCACUCAUGGAAGAGAUGAACAUGAUAAAAGAGAUGCAAGAAACAAGCUUAUUAAAAAUCAGCUUGGAUUAAGCCUUCAGUCACAUCUGCCUGAACUGCAGCUUUUUCAAUAUGAAGGGAAAAUUUAUGAAUGUAAUCAGGUUGAGAAGUCUUUCAGCAAUAGUUCCUCAGUUUCAUCACUUCAACAAAUGCCUUAUAAUGUCAAAACCCACAUUUCUAACAAAUAUCUCAAAGAUUUUAUCUCCUCUUUAUUACUCACACAGGGGCAAAAAGCAAAUAAUUGGAGAAGCCCUUACAAAUCUAAUGGAUGUGGCAUAGUCUUUCCUCAAAAUUCACACCUUGUGAGUCAUCAGAGAAGUCAUACUAAAGAGAAACCUUACAAAUGUUAUGAGUGUGGCAAAGCCUUUAGAACACGUUCAAACCUAACUACCCAUCAGGUAAUCCAUACUGGCGAAAAACGUUACAAAUGUAAUGAGUGUGGUAAGGUCUUUAGUCGAAAUUCACAACUCUCACAACAUCAGAAAAUUCACACUGGAGAGAAACCUUAUAAAUGUAACGAAUGUGGCAAGGUCUUCACUCAGAAUUCACAUCUUGCAAGACAUCGAGGAAUUCAUACUGGAGAAAAACCUUACAAGUGUAAUGAGUGUGGGAAAGCCUUUAGAGCUCGUUCAAGCCUAGCUAUCCAUCAGGCAACCCACAGUGGAGAAAAACCUUACAAAUGUAAUGAAUGUGGCAAGGUCUUCACUCAAAAUUCACACCUUACAAAUCACUGGAGAAUUCACACUGGAGAGAAACCUUACAAAUGUAAUGAGUGUGGCAAAGCCUUUGGUGUUCGUUCAAGCCUAGCUAUUCAUUUGGUAAUUCACACCGGAGAAAAGCCUUACAAAUGUCAUGAAUGCGGCAAGGUCUUUAGGCGUAAUUCACACCUUGCAAGGCAUCAGCUAAUUCAUACUGGAGAGAAACCUUACAAGUGUAAUGAGUGUGGCAAAGCCUUUAGAGCACAUUCGAACCUAACCACCCAUCAGGUCAUCCAUACUGGAGAAAAACCUUACAAAUGUAAUGAAUGUGGCAAGGUCUUCACUCAAAAUUCACACCUUGCAAAUCAUCAAAGAAUUCAUACUGGAGUGAAACCUUAUAUGUGUAAUGAGUGUGGGAAAGCCUUCAGUGUGUAUUCAAGCCUAACUACCCAUCAGGUCAUCCAUACUGGAGAAAAACCUUACAAAUGUAAUGAGUGUGGCAAGGUCUUCACUCAGAAUUCACACCUUGCAAGACAUCGGGGAAUUCAUACUGGAGAGAAACCUUAUAAAUGUAAUGAAUGUGGCAAGGUCUUUAGGCAUAAUUCAUACCUUUCAAGGCAUCAGCGAAUUCAUACUGGAGAGAAACCUUACAAGUAUAAUGAGUAUGGCAAAACCUUUAGUGAACAUUCAAACCUAACUACCCAUCAGGUCAUCCAUACUGGCGAAAAACCUUACAAGUGUAAUGAGUGUGGCAAGGUCUUCACUCAGAAUUCACACCUUGCAAGACAUCAGAGAGUUCAUACUGGAGAUAAACCUUACAAGUGUAAUGAAUGUGGCAAAGCCUUUAGUCAAACAUCAAAGCUUGCAAGGCAUCAGAGAGUUCAUACUGGAGAGAAACCAUAUGAGUGUAAUCAGUGUGGGAAAGCCUUUAGUGUCCGUUCAAGCCUAACUACCCAUCAGGCAAUCCAUACUGGAAAAAAACCUUACAAAUGCAAUGAGUGUGGGAAGAUCUUCACUCAGAAUUCACACCUUGCAAGACAUCGAGGAAUUCAUACUGGAGAUAAACCUUACAAGUGUAAUGAAUGUGGCAAAGCCUUUAGUCAAACUUCAAAACUUGCAAGGCAUCAGGGAGUUCAUACCGGAGAGAAACCAUAUGAGUGUGGGAAACUCUUUAGUAUCUGUUCAAGCCUAACUACCCAUCAGACAAUCCAUACUGGUGGCAAACCUUACAAAUGUAAUGUGUGGAAAGUUCUAAAGUCAGAGUUCAAACCUUGCAAGUCAUCACAGAAUUCAUAGUGGGGAGAAACCUUACAAAUGAAGGUGGUAACUUUUGCAGUUAGAAUUCAUUCCUUUGACAACAUCAGAGAAUUUACUCCUGAGAGAUUCCUUGAAAAUGUAAUGACUGGCUGGGCGCGGUGGCUCACACCUGUAAUCCCAACACUUUGGGAGUCCAAGGCAGGUGGAUCACCUGGGGUCAGGAGUUCAAGACCAGCCUGACCAACAGGGUGAAACCCCAUUUCUACUAAAAGUACAAAAUUAGCUAGGCCUGGUGGCACAUGCCUGUAAUCCCAGCUAUAUAGGAGGCUGAGGCAGGAGAAUCACUCGAACCCAGGAGGCGGAGGUUGCAGUGAGCCAAGAUCGUGCCAUUGCACUCCAUCCUGGGCAAAAAGAGUGAAACUCCAUCUUAAAGGAAAAAAAAAAAUGCAAUGACCGUGGCAAACUCCUCAUGAGUUCAAGUAUUAAUAGACAUCCAAGAGUCCAUAAUAAUGAGAAAUUACAUAAAUGUACUGUGUGUGGCAGAGGGUUUAUUCAGGCCUCACGGCUUUGUAGGCAUUAAAAUCUACAUAUUUGAUGGAAUCACAAAAAUGUGAUGUGCAUCCUGAAGCUCUUACUCUAAGACUAACUAGGUGAGGAUUCAUACAAAGAGUGACUCAGUCUCUAGUUCUUUGAUUCACUUUUAAUAUGAUAAACUGAACAAUAAUUAUACAUCCCCAUAUGGUAAAACUUAAGACAUUAGUUCGAGACCAUCCUGGCUAACACGGUGAAACCCCGUCUCUACUAAAAAAUACAAAAAAACUAGCCGGGCGAGGUGGUGGGCG